AUGAUUAUAGCAGGCCAGAGGAAAGGGCCAGUGAAAGCUCCCACACCAGCACCUCCGUUUCGCAGGGUGGAUAUUGCCCUGGGCUGCUCCUAUGUGGGGGAAGAUGUAAGAGGUUUGCUGCAUGCCUCUGGCGAGCAUCCUGCUACUCUCGUGCUGAGGGGUAUCAGCGUCAGAGAUGAUGGGAACUUGGAUGAUGUAACUGAGUACAAAGUCCCACAGAAAAAUCCUGACUCCUCUUCUCCCAUUGUCUUUGAAGCCUCAGCCCAGUCGGUAUCCAUCCCACACGCAGAGUCCAUGCUGCACGCGGACUGUGAUGGGGAGGAGGUGAACUGCGAGAUCUCCCCAUACAGCUUCCAGCGGCCUGGCGAGGGGCCCUGCCAUACCUCCUGGUUCAUGGCCACCCUGCAGCUCUCCAGCAGCAUCAGUAUUGCCCUGGUGCUCAGAGGACCCCACUGCAGCAGCUGGGAGGAGGAGCACGAUGCAACACUGCACCCAAAGCUGAGGAUUCCUAUGAGCAAGGAGGGGACGUUGCUGACCACAGUUGAAUUUCAAUCGUCAUCAUGCAACACUUCCCUGCACACGCAUCUUGGCAGCUCGGUCACCCUCGACUGCCGCUUUGCCUUGGCUCCCAGCUCCUCAUUUUCCUCCCUGGAGUGGAGGAGGCAGCACCAAGGCAGUGGCCAUAGCCUUUUCUGGUAUCAGGUGGGGAGCACAGGCCCAGCAGCGGAGCCAAAAGUCCAUGUGGAUGUGGUGGAGCUGCUGGGGAGUGGAGACGCGUCGCUUAGCCUGCAAGGAGUGAGCGUGGGAGACGAAGGGACGUACAUCUGUUUGGUGUCCACCUCACUGCACCAGGCACAGCACAUCAUCCAGCUGCAUGUGGCCGAGCCUCCAAGAGUUCAUGUCAUUCCAGCAGUGGUGUCAUUUGAGAGAGAUGUGACAACUACUCUGACCUGCAGCAUUGCUGGCUAUUACCCCCUGGACGUCUCGGUGAGCUGGACACAGAAGACUCCUGAGGAUGACGCAGAAAUCCCCCUCUCAAACGCACGUUUCUCCAGCCACCGGCAAAGCCAAGAUGGCACCUACAGCAUCACCUCCUACCUCAGCAUCAGCUCAGCCACAGCACAGGCACCAGCCAGCCACAGCUGCCAUGUUUCACACGUGGCCCUGGCAGAGCCCAUCUCUGUGAGCGCCCAUCUUAAGGCACCAGAGCAAACGGGAUCGGAAGGACUGGUGGGGGGUUUCAUUGCUACCGCCAUUUUCAUCGUUGUCCUCUUCAUUGUGCUCAGGAGAAAAGCAGCUAAACCAAAGUCUGAGCAACUUCUAAGGGCUUCAGAAUAGAGGAAACCCUUGUGUCACCCACCUGCAGUCCUUUGUCUCCCGUCCCUUGACACAUCCUACCAGGAGAGCCAGUCCUGUCCAAAUAUUAACAGAGCUAUUACUCGGUAUGGGAGGGGUAGGGCUGCCCUUGGUGGAGGAGCCGAGUGACCGUUCAGAGGUGGACUCACAGAAAAACAUGUCUUCAUCUUGGGAGGGCAACAUCGAUAGCCGCAGCUCUUUGCUGGGAUGCUGCAUCACAGGCAACAUGCAUUCGUUUUUAGAAAUGCCUCUUCUCUGGUUUCAGGGAAAAUUAAAUUGUAUAUAGAUGAGUGUUUGUAUGACUGUAUAUAGGUAUGUGUGUAUACAGA